AUGGAUAACCAAAGAAUAAUCUACACUGAACUGAAUCUGCCCAAAACCCCAAAGAGGCAACAAAGGAAACCCGAGGAAACUAAAAGCUCCAUUUCAGAAACUGAACAGGAAAUAACCUAUGUGGAAUUAAAACUUCAAAAUGCUGCUCAGGAUCUUCCAUUGGAUGGCAAAUCUUACCACUGCAAAGAUUUAUUGCUACCUCCAGAAAAGCUCUUUGCUGGGAUCCUGGGAAUCGUUUGUCUUGUCUUACUGUCCACUGUGGUAGUAAGAGUCGUCAUUACCUCAGUAACACAGAAGCAGAACAAUUCUAACCAGACGAAAAGCAAUCAGAAAGAAUAUCAUUGUGGUCAUCCCCCAGAGGAGUGGUUCACAUAUUCCAACAAUUGUUAUUCCAUGGUGAAGGAAUGGAAUGAGAAAACUUGGAAUGAGAGUUUGAUGGCCUGUGCUUCUAAGAACUCCACUCUGCUUUACAUAGAUAGUGAAGAAGAAAUGAAAUUUCUGGGUUCCCUGUCACGCCUGUCAUGGAUUGGAGUCUUUCGUACCAGCAGUGAUCAUCCAUGGGUGUCAAUAAAUGGCUCAACUUUCAAACUUCA